UUAUUAUAAGCUUUUCUACCAACAAUUUGUAACAGUUGUUGUGGUUGGUUGGUUGCUUGCUGCUCGGUUGGGCUCCAAAAUUUGGCAGCAUAGAGUUUCUCCCUUCUUACCUUAUCUUCUUCUCCAACAAACUUGGUCGCCUCCUUUCUCUCUUUCAUUCCCUUCUCCUAACUAGUUUCUCUUCACAAGUUUCUCAUACUCCACAAGUAAAGUUUCAGUUUAGCUUAUUUCGUCGGCCAUCUUCGAUUUUCCAUCUUCUCUCAUAGGAAGUGGGCAAGUUUUGCAUUUUUGUGAAUCCAUUUUAAUGGCGGCCAUUUCUCUUUCGAACCACUCUCUAUUGGCUCCUCUUUCUUCUUCCUCUUUGACCUCCUUAAACCACAAGCCUUUCAAAGCCUUACCCCUUACUCAUACCACUCUCUGUUUUCGGGCUUCUUCCCUUCACCUACGCAAUCCAAUUCCAUCUUGCAUCCUUGGCUCUUCUGCAGCCCACAAGACCACGCACUCACAAUUCCAACCUCUUCUUGCUGCGCGGGACCAUGCUUCCUCUACAGAGAGUAAUCAGGCUGUAGGAGAUGAAGCAGACCAUCAAAAAUUCAGUUUGAUAUCCCUAAUUAAAGUUUACAAGGAAGCUAUACUCAUAGGAGAUGUAGAAGCUGUAUCUGAAAUCGAGGCUAGAAUAGAUAUGAUUGGGAAUAACAUGGACAAAUUGGUUCAGCAAGUUUCAACUUUGACAGCUGAGAUAAAGUCUGGGAAGGAAAAAUUUAUUCGUUUACAAGCAGAUUUUGAUAAUUUUAGAAAACGAACUGAGAAAGACAGACAUACAAUAAGCACUGAUGCUCGAGGAGAGGUAAUUGAGAGUCUCUUGGCCAUGGUGGACAAUUUUGAGAGAGCCAAACAACAAAUUAAACCUGAAACAGAGAAGGAGAAAAAGAUUGAUGCUAGUUAUCAGGGUAUUUACAAACAAUUUGUGGAAAUAAUGAGGAGCUUGCAUGUAACUGUUAUUCCAACAGUAGGGAAGCCUUUUGAUCCAGCGUUGCAUGAAGCCAUUGCACGUGAAGAAUCUGAACAGUUCAAGGAAGGAAUAAUAAUUCAAGAAUUUCGACGUGGUUUUCUGCUUGGGGAUCGUCUUCUAAGACCAGCAACGGUAAAAGUAUCGUCAGGUCUUGGCAGAAAAACAGGCACGGCAGCCACUUCCAUUACAUCAGGGAUGCCUGCAACAACAGCUGGAAUAGAUGAACAAUAGAAAUUCAGACAGCCCUGGUAUUUUCUUGGUGCUGAACAUUGUUGAAUUCAACUUUAUUCUCCUCUCAGCCGGACUAAAGCUUUUUACAAGGGAGAUCCAUUCUACACCUAUACCUGCUAAUUGCUAUACUACUGUUUCCAAAGGAACCUAGAGAGAACUUCAUAACUUGAAACCAUUUUUUUUUUCUAAUUAGAUCUUUAAGAUGUAAGGUAUUCAUCUUUUCUUACCCGGGGCUACGGUUAAGUUUUCUUCUCUUCUUUAUUUUGAUUAGGGGCCACUUGAGAAAUGUUUUUUAGCUUCGUAAACUAAAGCUAUAGCUAAUUUUGGCGACGCAAAAAGGUAUCCUUUUAGGUGGCGUUUGGUUGGGGGUAAUAAAAUAGAAUGAAAUGGAAAUAAAAUAAUUUUUAUUCUAUUCUUUUGUUUGGUUGCAUAUUAAAAUAUUGAAAUGUUAUUUUAAUGUAAUGACUUUUUUACUA